CAUGGGGCUGCGGAGGCUGCGGGUGCGGGCCUGAGACGGGGCGUCGGAGCCGCGGCGCUCGGGGUCCCCGGCCGCCUGCAUGGAUGUCUUCAGCUUCGUGAAGAUCGCCAAGCUCUCGAGCCACAGGACGAAGUCUUCAGGCUGGCCACCUCCCUCGGGAACCUGGGGCUUGAACCAGGUCCCGCCCUAUGGAUGGGAGAUGACGGCGAGCCGGGAUGGCCGGGACUGCUUCAUCAGUCACAUGACACAGGCAAUCCCAUUUGAUGACCCCCGGUUGGACAGCUGCCAGAUCAUCCCCCCGGCCCCGCGGAAGGUGGAGAUGCGGAGGGACCCCGUCCUGGGAUUCGGCUUCGUGGCAGGGAGUGAAAAGCCAGUGGUCGUUCGCUCAGUGACACCAGGUGGCCCCUCGGAAGGCAAGCUGAUCCCGGGAGAUCAGAUCGUAAUGAUUAAUGAUGAGUCAGUCAGCGCUGCGCCGAGGGAGCGGGUCAUCGAUCUGGUCAGAAGCUGCAAAGAAUCGAUACUGCUGACUGUCAUCCAGCCUUACCCUUCUCCCAAGUCAGCGUUCAUUAGCGCCGCAAAGAAGGCCCGGUUAAAGUCCAACCCCGUGAAAGUGCGCUUCUCCGAGGAGGUGAUCAUCAACGGGCAGGUGUCGGAAACUGUUAAGGACAAUUCGCUUCUGUUUAUGCCAAACGUGUUGAAAGUCUAUCUGGAAAACGGGCAGACCAAGUCCUUCCGUUUUGACUCGAGCACCUCCAUAAAGGAUGUCAUCCUGACCCUUCAGGAGAAGCUGUCCAUCAAAGGCAUCGAGCACUUCUCCCUCAUGCUGGAGCAGAGGACGGAGGGGGCCGGGAGCAAGCUGCUGCUGCUGCACGAGCAGGAGACCCUCACUCAGGUGACACAGCGGCCCAGCUCGCACAAGAUGAGGUGUCUUUUCCGAAUCAGCUUCGUGCCGAAGGACCCCAUCGACCUGUUACGGAGGGAUCCGGUUGCUUUUGAAUAUCUCUACGUGCAGAGUUGUAACGAUGUCGUACAGGAGCGAUUUGGGCCGGAGCUGAAAUACGACAUAGCCCUGCGGCUGGCGGCCUUGCAAAUGUACAUCGCAACCGUGACCACCAAGCAAACGCAGAAAAUCUCUCUCAAAUACAUCGAAAAAGAGUGGGGAUUAGAGACGUUCCUUCCCUCGGCUGUGCUGCAAAGCAUGAAAGAGAAGAACAUAAAGAAGGCACUUUCACACCUUGUCAAAGCAAAUCAAAACUUGGUACCACCCGGCAAAAAGCUCUCUGCCCUGCAAGCCAAGGUCCAUUAUCUCAAGUUCCUCAGUGACCUUCGUCUGUAUGGGGGCCGUGUGUUCAAGGCAACACUAGUGCAGGCAGAAAAGCGCUCGGAAGUGACCCUCCUGGUGGGGCCCCGAUAUGGCAUAAGCCACGUCAUAAACACCAAAACCAACCUGGUGGCUCUCUUAGCUGACUUCAGCCAUGUGAACAGGAUCGAGAUGUUUACCGAAGAGGAGAGCUUGGUGAGGGUGGAGCUCCAUGUGCUGGACGUGAAGCCCAUCACACUGCUGAUGGAAUCAUCAGACGCCAUGAACUUGGCCUGCUUAACAGCUGGAUACUACCGGCUACUUGUGGAUUCCAGGAGGUCCAUCUUUAACAUGGCCAACAAGAAAAAUGCGGGAACCCAAGAAACAGGAACUGAAAAUAAAGGAAAACUUAACAUCCUUGGCCCCGAUUGGAACUGUAUACCCCAAAUGACCACCUUUAUUGGCGAAGGGGAGCAAGAAGCCCAGAUAACAUAUAUAGAUUCCAAACAGAAGACAGUGGAGAUUACGGAUGGCACCUCGUGUCCAAAAGACCACCGGCACGUGUACAUAGCCAACACCUAUAAUCCUGAUGACCUCAACCCUCAGCUGGCGCAGCCGGGAGACGCCCCGUGUGAGGCCGACUACAGAAGCCUCGCUCCGCGGUCUCUGUUGACCUUCUCAGGCCCAGAAACUCUCAAGAAAGCACAGGAAUCUCCGAGAGGAGCCAAAGUGUCCUUCAUUUUUGGAGAUCUCACCAUGGACGAGGGGAGCAGUCCCCCAGCUCUCAGCUACGACAGACUCUUGGAUGAGAAUCCGGAGCUGCUGGAGAAGCAGGCGAAUCUGUACAUGAGAAGUGCCAACGACAUGAAGAGCCUGGACCUCGCCCCCGACGCGGAGAGCAUCCCGUUUGGGGAAAACUCCGUGUAUGCGAACAUCGGCGAUGUGAAGAGCUUCGAGGCCACCCCGGGCAUCGAGGAGCCCCUUCUCCAUGACAUUUGCUACGCGGAAAACACCGACGAUGCGGAGGACGAGGACGAGGUGAGCUGUGAGGAGGACCUCAUGGUGGGCGAGAUGAACCAGCCGGCCCUCCUCAACCUGUCUGGCUCAAGCGACGACAUCAUUGACCUCACGUCCCUGCCGCCUCCGGAAGGGGAUGACAAUGAGGACGACUUCUUGCUGAGGUCCUUGAACAUGGCCAUCGCUGCCCCGCCGCCUGGCUUUCGAGAUAGUUCAGACGAGGAGGACUCUCAGAGCCAGGCCGCCUCCUUCCUCGACGGCAAGGAGCCGGGCGGCGGCCUGCAAAACGACGAGAUCCCCGUGUCCCUCAUCGACGCGGUGCCCACCAGCGCCGAGGGGACGUGCGACAAGGGACUGCCUAAGCCCGCCGUCUCCCCGCUGGGAGCUCUGGGAGCUCUGUCCGUGUCAGAGGAACAGCAGACCAGUAACAAUUCAGGUGUAGCCAUCUUGAGGGCUUAUAGCCCCGAGUCUUCCUCAGACUCGGGCAAUGAGACUAACUCUUCCGAAAUGACGGAGAGCUCUGAGCUGGCCACGGCGCAGAAGCAGUCCGAGACCCUGUCCCGCAUGUUCCUGGCCACGCCCGAAGGCUACCACCCCCUCGCCGAGGAGCAGACCGAGUUCUCCGCCUCCAAGGCCCCGGCCGCGGCCUUGCCCCCCAAGGCCUCCCACGCCCUGGCCGCCCGGCCCUUGCCCGUGACCGUGACCGACGGGCCGUCCAAAGUCGUGCCUUCCAAGCAGAUCCUGCACUCAGACCACAUGGAGAUGGAGCCCGAGACGAUGGAGACCAAGUCGGUCACGGACUAUUUCAGCAAACUGCACCUGGGUUCGCUGGCAUAUUCCUGCACCAGCAAGAGGAAAGGCAAGCUGGCCGACGGGGAGGGGAAGGCGCCCGCGAGUGGGAAUGCGCCAGGGAAGAAGCAGCCGGGGGCCAAGUCCGCCGAGGCCGAGGAGGACGCCAAAGGUAAAUUUGGGACCGUGUCUCCCAGGGACGGUCCGCACCUGGGCGCUUUUAACCUGGAGAGAACUGCCUUCCGCAAGGACAGCCAGCGAUGGUACGUGGCCACGGAGGGCGGGGCGGCUGACAAGGGUGGCCUGGAAGCAGCCACGGGGAUCUUUCCACGCGCUCCUGGUCUGGGGCCACGGGAGGCCGAAGGGAAGGAGGAAGGGGCUCCCCGUGGGGAAGCCCCUGAGGUUUCAGGACUUGGCCAGCGGGACCACUUCUUAACUGACGCGACCUGUGUCCCUUCCGCCAAAGACUUAGACCACCCAGGGGAUGCCGACCCGUCGACCUGUGACCGUCCCUCCCAGCUGGCCGGCGCGGAAGAGAGCGUGGCCCAUCUCUGUGACUACCACUUGGCCAAGCGCAUGUCAUCGCUGCAGAGCGAGGGCCAUUUUUCCCUUCAGAGCUCUCAAGGCUCUUCGGUGGACGCGGGCUGCGGCACCGGCAGCAGCGGCAGCGCCUGCGCCACCCCCGUGGAGUCCCCGCUCUGCGCCUCCGCGGGCAAAGGCGGGCCUUACGGGCCUUCCGAGGAGAGAGGCCCCGGGCUGCCCAGCCACGGAGCCCCCUUUAAGGAAUCACACCCUCAGCCGGAAGGGGUGUGUCCCCGGAUGACAGUGCCUGCCCUGCACACAGCCAUUAAUGCUGAACCCCUGUUUGGGACUUUGAGAGAUGGAUGUCAUCGACUCCCCAAGAUUAAGGAAACCACAGCUUUGACAGAGUCUGGGAAGGAGAGACGAGGAGGCAUGCCUUCAGUGUGGUCUCAAUAUCCUGAAGUUGAUCCCAUCCUGCUACCAUCAAACAUUCACUCGGAAUCAAAGGUGCCAAUUCCAAAUCAAGACCCCAAUGAUUUCUCCCAAGCAUCCCAGGCCUACGGAGAGGCUGUGAGCUGGCAGCCACUGGAUCUGAGAGGGGAGAGCCAUGGGACACCCCCCAGCCAGAGGGCUCUGAGACGUAGCAGCAGCGUCCUCUCAGGAUGUGUAGGUUUGGAGACCUUCCGAGAGAGAACCAAGGGUAUGGUCAGCUUAAAGUGUCCAGGUGUCACAGAAGAACAGGAGGCCACUUCAGAAAGGCGAGCAGAACUCCCCCUGGGAAAGAAGCUCACCAAAAGUUUUUCCCAAAGCUCGAUGCACUUUAGCCCUGACGGGAAGGCUCACAAAAGGUCCCCGGUGGCUCACAAAGACUCAAAGCUGUAUAAGACAUUACCUUUGAGGAAGCUGGAGGGGAGCAAUUGGAGAUGCCGGGGACCUUUCAGCUACUGCUUCCUAAACCGAGGGCAGGAUGAAGAUGAGGAUGAGGAUGAAGAGGAGGGAGCACCCACCCACCGGGUCUCUUGCCUCUUUCCACUACAGAUGACUAAAGCCAUGCCAGAACCAACCAGCCCACCCCGGGCUGUUGGGAUUCAGAAGCAAGAAGGGGAGCUGUCCAGGUGUCCAGUGCUGAAGGUCUGGGCCGAAGACCUGAGUGGCCCGGACGACACGGACUUCAGCAACCUGGCUUUUGAUGCCCGGAUUGCAAGAAUAAGUGCCCUAAAGCAGAGCACAUAUGCAAUGCCCGAUGGGUUCCUCGCAGCCCAAAAUGAUGCCAAUGAGCUGCUCUGCCUUGUCAGGGCAACCAAGGGGAAGAGAGAGGAGUCACGCCCUGAAGCAUAUGACCUUACACUUUCUCAGUACAAGCAACUGUUGUCCAUUGAGUCCAGACAGUUAGGAAGUGCCUGUAGGAAAAUGGCGAUGGCCGAGAAAAGCCCAGAGGAGAUGCUCGUAGCUAUGACUUCCAGCUUUCAAGUGCUCUGUUGCCUAACAGAAGCUUGCAUGCGAUUAGUGAAAGUCGUGAGCUCCGAAACACAGCGGCAGGAAAUUGUAGUGAAGAUCGAUGAAGUGGUCAUAAACUACAUUUGUCUCCUGAAGGCUGCCGAGGCAGCCACAGGAAAGACCACUGGGGAUCCCAGUGUCGGGCUGUCGAUGCGACCUUCAACCACCAUGGCCGCCCUCGUAAGCACACUAACACGUUCUCUCAAGAUGCUUUUAAAUAAAUAAAAGUGUGAAAGUCACAUCAUAAUCUACCUUUGCAAAGCCAUACAUGAACUUUUAUUUCCUUUCUUUCUUGUACGAUGAACAGACGUCUCCUUUCUUCUCUCUGUAUAUUUUGUUAUUUUGUAUAAAAAGGAGAUAAAAGAGUCACAUUGGUGAGAUGUUGAAAUGUACUAAUCAGAUGUAUUCUGUUUAUAUGAUACAUAUAUACAUGUAAAAGAGCUAUACGAGAAAGUGAUGACAUUUGACUAUUUUUCAUAUAGUCGAAACUCGGGGUAUAUGAAGUGAAAUUUUAAAUUCUACUGUGUUAGAGCAAAACAAUGAAUCCCAUCCCCUUUCCUUCCAAGUGGAUAUUUGGAGAACAUGUCGUUCAUAUUUAGAAGUAAAAAAAAAAAAAAAGAAAAGAAAUCACAAUGUAUAUAAAACAGUACUUAUGUUUUAAAAUUAUGAUUUUUAAGCAUUUGAAAUAGCAAAAAGACAUUUAAAAUUCAAGAAGCUAUUAUGAAUGAUUAGAGAAGAUAUAUAAUAAAUUAAUUUUUUGCUCAUAGCAUUUGGUUAUCUGAUGCUUUCUUCCAGGAAUCCUACAUUUUUCAUUUUGGCUUAUUCCAUUUGGGUUCAAAAAGGGUGGAGGUGGAUUCUAUUGUGUCAACACAAAUGCUCUGCCAGAUGUUCCUAGAAUUAAAAUACUUCCCAAUAGAAGAACAGAGAGAAUGAUGAGCAGGUUCCUGGGUAAUACCUAGUUAUAGAUUAUCUAAUUACAUAAAAUGAAAGAAUAAUACUAAAAUUAAUUUUUUGAUGAAAAGACAGAUCUGCUUUGACUAAAUGUCAAAAUACGUAAACCAAAGACAUCAUCCACCUCCCCAACUCAACCAUGAAAUUUAGAAUUCCCUUACGAGUGACAGAACAUUUAGUAAAGUCUUUGCAAAAUUACAAAAAAGAGGAACAUUUGAUGAUUCUUUAAAGCAAGUGCAGAUCCAGUCGUGGAAAGCAGACUGCACCAGCCUGUGUCCCACGGCAGAUCGCAGCUCUCAGCACCACAGCGCUCCAUGCCGCACCUCUACCGGGGCCAAUACUUCCAACCCAACUUGGAAUUACAGCCUAACACUGGGACAAAAUUUCAAAUCCGCAAUGUUCAGCAAAUCAGAGAGAGAUGGCUACUCUACUAUAGAAGCCAUGAUUAAACAAAUCAUUAUUUAUGAAAUGAUCUAAUCUGGAUUGACCUAUAGAUAUAUGAAAGCUGAAAAAAAAUAACAAGUGGUCAAUUUGACCACGUUAGGUAAAACUGAUAGAAUGCAAAAAAGGUUUUCAGAACUGUCGUCUCUCUCAAAAUGUAUCUUUGGGUCAAAGCAAAAGAAUGCAAACUCUGCAAUUGUAAAAUAAAAUUGACAUGUACAUAUAUAGUUCAUGGGUCAUUUAGUGCUCAAGCUACACACACUCCUAUUUAUGUACGUGGCUCCUUAAAAUAUGACAGGAGUAUAUGCCAAGUACAGAUAUUUCCAUUUUUGUAGCCUACUGGACAGGAGGCAUAACACAGUCUACAGUCGCUGUCUCUCAUCAGUCGUUCUAUAGAGACUCAGUAACAAAAGUCACACAUAGUUGUAGAUGGUAGCAUACAAAAGGAUUUUAGACAUGUGUUAUUCAAAAUAAUGUUUAAAUAAAACAUUAUUUUAUUACAAUUCUAAAUAUUGAUGUUUGAUAUUGAGAAAUCUUAAUGGUGUUUACUGUGGAAAUUUUUGGUAAAUAUUCUGUGUACUAAAAUACUAACAUUAAUAGGAUGUGUGUUCGAUGUCAGACAAUGUGCUAAACAUAUCACAUAUAUUAUCUCAUUUAAUCAUCACAGCAAUCUUAUGGUUUGGACACUGCCAUUAAUUCCCUAUGGAGGCAGUAUUGUUACGUAGUUAAGGGCAUGGGGUUUGAGGUCAGAAACUUGAUUUUCGUUUGAACUCUGCCAUUUUCUCGCCCUCUCAUCUUGGGAAAGCCAUUCCAUUUUUUUCUAUGUCUCAUAGGGUUGUCAUGAGUUUUAAGUAAACUUAUGUAUGUCAAGUUCUUACCAUAACACCUGGCAGAUUAAAUAAUUAAUGUUAGAUUUUAUUAUCCUCAUAAUGAUUGUGUUAAAUACAGUGCCCAAGAUAAUAUGUGGGGAUAUUUGCUUUAUAUGCAUAUUAUAUCCUGACUCCAUGUGCGGAAUACAUUAUGUGUAUUGCAUAUGUAUAAAAGAAAUGCUAAGGAAGUGAUGCUCUUUGUUCAAAUCACAUAUUCAGUUGGAACAACUUUGUUCAUUUCAGUUCUUUGAGAGGCCGCAGCGAAAUCCCUCUGGGUCUUUCUAGUCCAUUUCCCAUUAUCUGUGGGUGCUCCGAUAAAUUUCUGUUUCUUAUCAGUAAACCUUUUACGACUUAGGAAACCUUAAGGGGCCCCCCGACUCACCACACAUGGGAUCCUAAGUGGGGUCCAUGUCCAGUAGAGUAUAGGAAGAAUGAUUUUGUGUUGAUUUUUCUCUAGCCUUUUUUAUGUUUGCAUAUAUUUUAUAAUGGCAUAAUAGUACAGUGGUAUAUGUACAUCAUUUUAAAUAAAUAAAUGAAUUAACAAGCAUAUGCCUGGUGAAUGUAUGCAAAAAGAGGGUCACAAGUAGGGUUGCAUUUAUUAAAGUUUGGAGACCGCUGAAGUUAGAGAAUAGAAAUUCCUUGUACUUGAGCUUCUUUACAUUUAUUCCCCAGCCUCUUUUCAAUUGUAUCACCUCUCAUUUUUAUUAAUUUUUUUAUCAUAAUACAUUCAAGCAUACACAAAAGUAGGCACAGUGACAGAAUGAAGCAAUAUGUACUCAUCACAUACCAAUUCAUGUCUGAUUUAUUUUCUCUAUUUCUACACAUGUCCUUCCACACUGUAUAUAUUAGCAAAUCUCUGACAUUAUAGCACCUAAUCCAUGACUGUUUCAGUAAGAACUUUCUGUAGAUAAGAACUUUUCAACUUAAUCUCAAUGCCAUUUUCACACUUUUAAGAAUUAUUAAAUAUUACCGAAAUAAAUGGUGAAGAAAGUGAAAAUCCCUAUAAACCCAACCCCAAAGACAGUCAUUGUCAACAAUUUAGGGCAUCUUUUUUCAAUUUUUUUUUCUGUAUAUAGACUCAUGUUAUUAUUAUUGUAUAUGGUUAUGGACUUAACUUUGGACUUAGAAAGUUCUGACCACACUUGCCUUUCUGUUUGAGUCUUAGAUGCAACGAUCUUCAUUUAUGUUCCUGUCACAUAAUUUCUAAAUGCCAGCUAUUUUUUUUGGUGUUACUUCUGAGCUCCUCAGGAUGGCACUCUAAUUCAUUCUUCCUGGGCUACUCUUGAUUUGGCAAUGGGAGAAGUUUGCUCUGUGAUUCGUUUUCACCGUUCAUAAUUAUGUUGACGGUUUUUGAAAUCAGAGAAAAAGCAAAAUCAGCCCUGAUUAGGUGAUUCCUAUGGCUUCCGGACAUUUAGAAAUCUUCACAGGGCUAAAAAAAAUACAUGGAUAUCACAUUGUUUCUCUCUAACCUG